AUUUUUUAGAAGUCCACCUGGUAACACAGGUCCACUGAGCGUGUUAUUUCUGGGGUGGUACUGUGAUAAAGCAUGUCUUUUCUGAACCGUAUGUCUCUACGCGUAGCUGUUGUUGUUAGUCCCACCCAAAAUGGAGCCUGGUCUUCCUUGUUCCACAGUGCAGUGGAAGGGCUGGGCUCAACUAGAAUAGGGGACGGGUGGGUUUGCUAAAGAUUCCUGUCCAUUUAUAGCGUUAUAACCCCUCACAUAUAUAACCUCUAAAAUGCACAGUGGUGACAGGGUUUUAUCAAUAGUAUUUGCCCUGCAUGUCGUAUUUAAUGUGGUUCUAUGUGUCCGUAAUGCUAAUGUUACAGGACUGUGAAUGCCCGGGUUUCGUUACGGCAGUUUUUUGUGGUAUGGUCCGUUUGGGACUGACAACCUGCAGGGUUAAAAUGGGGGGGAUUGAAAUUAUUAUCGAUUCUACCAACUAACCUUUUAGAAGUAGUUCAUCGAGUGAUAAUUAUCCAGUUGCGAUUUUGAACAACAAAGGACGUUACUAGCACCAUUUUUCGGCGGCCUUGUUUAGCAAUCCUAGGCCGCCUUUUCCUUCGUACCCCCGCUGAGUGCCCUGUGCGAUCAGACCCACACAAACGCGCACAUGUUGGGUUAUUUUGGCGUUAUCUGUCCCUAUCUGUCACCCAACAGACACGCCUGAAAACCCCACAUUGCUUCGAUUAACUCAUUCUGUGGAUAUGGUCCAUGUAUUGUUUGGUAGCAAUGUAUCCUCUAAAGAUAGAGAAGCACAAAAAUCAAGACAAAAUAUCUCUUCCACUUCAGAAACCGCCCUGCUUUUCCUGCACCUCUUUAUUACAUGGAUAAUUGAGCAAAUCAUGUAAUCAUAUUUAAAGGUGUACGAUGUAACUUUUCUGGUGAGGGUUCCCCGCCUUCUUGUCUCCAUGGAGAUGUAAUCGUUGCUCUUGGAAUGUUGGAAUGUAUGACAUUAAGUUAAUUUAUUCAAUUAACUGCAAUUACAGUAUUCCUGAGUCUCUCAGGGGUUACAGGUGACAGGCCUGGACUGUAUUACCAUGGAAACCAAGCAGGAGGCUUCUACAGUGUGGAGUCAAGACAGCGAGUCAGGCACACAGGUACAUUUUGAAGGAGGUACAGUUGCUCAGAUUGUGUACAGUGAUGAUCAGACUGACAGACAACAACAAGUGGUGUACACAGCAGACGGAAGCUCCUACACAUCUGUAGAGUCGGCCGAGCACACAUUAGUUUACAUUCAUCCUGCAGAUGGCACUCAGACUGUCUUUGCAGACCAACCACAGGUGGCUUACAUCCAGCAGGAUGGUGCAACACAACAAGUCGUUCUGCUUCCCAGUGGCCAAAAUAUGAAUGCGGCUAAUCUACAUGUUCUUAGUAAUGUAGCAGAAGCCCCACAAGCUCUCCUUGAACCUGUGCCUCAGGAACAGCUCUCUGUGUCCAAUCAGCUCCCCUCCAUAACUGAUAUUGCUGAGCCCCCCUCCAGUCCUCUCGGUGCCACAGACUCUACUGAUGACUCUGAUGAAGAUGAAGAAGAUGAUUCAGAGAUGGACGAUUGGGAACCCCCUUCUCAGCAUGAAGACUUUAACCCCCACAAACUCUGGUGUGAGGAGUGCAAUGGAGCAAACCCUUCAGUCUGUUUAAAGCAUGGUCCUCUGCACCCUGUUCCCAACAGACCAGUGCUGUCCAAAGCCCGAGCCAGCCUUCCUCAGAUCCUGUACAUUGACCGAUUUCUUGGUGGUGUCUUCUCCAAAAGGCGCAUCCCAAAGCGCACACAGUUUGGGCCUUUGGAAGCUCCUCUUGUUCCUCAGAGCAAACUCCAGAAUAACUACAUCCACCUUAAACUCUGCUUAUUGGAUGCUGACAAAGAAGCAGAAAAGUCAAGUGAUAUAUGGUUUGAUCUAUCGGAGGAGGACAGCUGUAACUGGAUGAUGUUUGUGAGACCAGCACAGAACCAUCUGGAGCAGAACCUUGUCGCCUACCAGUAUGGUCCUGAAAUAUUUUUCACAACUAUCAAGAAUAUUCAACCCAAACAGGAACUAAAGGUGUGGUAUGCAGCAUCAUAUGCUGAGUUUGCAAAUCAGAAGAUCCACAGUGUAACAGAAGAAGAAAGAAAAGCAUUACGGGAACUGGAGCGGAACUGGCCUUGUUAUGAGUGUAACAAACGAUUUGUAAGCUCUGAGCAAUUACAACAUCAUCUGAACAUGCAUGAUGACAAAUUGACCACAGCUACUAGAGCGAGGGGGCGGGGGAGAGGAAGGGGCAAGAAGAGACAUGGAAGAAAACCAGGACGUCCUGCCAAAUUUAUGCGCUUAAGUGCAAUAGAAGAUGACACUGAGAAGACGGAGAUGCUUGAACUUACUGAAAAGCAAGAUAAUGAAGAGGAGUUUGAGGGGGUUCAAAAUGGGUUAAAAGCAGCAGAAUUAGAGGCUGAGCCUGGGACAGAGGCAGAAAGUGAACUCACAGCUGCUGUAGAGGCACCGGUCCCAGAAUCUGCCUCUUCGCCCACAAACGUGGAGCUCCCUCUUGUACUGAAGGAGGACCCCUCACAGAGCAGCGAGUCAGACGCCCACCUCACAUCUCAGGACAUGCGCCGUGCCAAAAGGAUACGAAAUGCAGCACUGCAACACCUUUUCAUCAGAAAGAGUUUCCGUCCUUUCAAAUGCACUCACUGUGGCAAAGCAUUUCGUGAUAAAGACAAACUGGACCAGCACCUGCGGGUUCAUGGUCGGGAGGCCUACACCUUCUCCUGCCAUAUUUGCACAAAAAGCUUCAUGACAGACUCUGCUCUAGAAGACCAUCUGCUGGUACACACAGAGAAUCGCUCCUAUUCCUGUUUGUUGUGCCCAGAGACCUUUGAAAAGCUCGACCUCCUCAAAGAUCAUGUUGGAGUUCAUGCAGUAGAUGGCUGUUUCACCUGUCCCUCCUGUAAAAAGACUUUUAAUGACUUUAUCCAGUUGAAGAAGCAUAUUCGCUGCUUUCAUUCAGAGAAGGUCUUCCAGUGCCCAGAUUGUGAGAAGGCGUUUUGCAGGCCGGACAAACUUCGCCUGCACAUGUUACGCCACUCUGACCGCAAGGACUUUCUGUGCUCGACUUGUGGCAAACAGUUUAAGAGGAAAGACAAGCUACGUGAGCACAUGCAGCGAAUGCAUAAUCCAGACAGAGAAGCAAAGAAGGCUGAUAAAAUCCACAGGUCCAAAGCUCUUAAAAUGAAAGUCCCUACCACAGACUUUGAAAGCUUCAUGUUCAAAUGCAGAUUGUGCAUGAUGGGCUUCAGACGGAGAGGGAUGCUGGUGAAUCAUUUAUCCAAACGUCAUCCUGAGAUGCGAAUUGAUGAUGUCCCUGAGCUUACUUUGCCAAUUAUCAAACCCAACAGAGACUACUUUUGUCAGUAUUGUGAUAAGAUCUAUAAAAGUGCCAGCAAGAGGAAAGCUCACAUCCUAAAAAACCACCCAGGAGCAGAGUUGCCUCCAAGUAUUCGAAAGUUGCGCCCUGCUGCUCCUGGAGAACCAGAUCCUAUGUUGAGUACACACACUCAGCUAACAGGGACCAUUGCCACUGCUCCAGUCUGCUGCCCCCACUGUGCUAAGCAGUAUAGCAGCAAGACCAAAAUGGUGCAGCACAUACGCAAAAAGCACCCAGAGUUUGCCCAGCUUGCUAGCACCAUCCAGGCUCCACUGACCACAGCAGUCAUCAGCAGUACGCCUGCAGUCAUUAGCACAGAUGGAACAACAGCUGAGGCUGUGGUGACCACAGAUCUACUGACACAAGCUAUGACAGAGCUAUCCCAGACACUGACCACGGAUUACAGGACAGCGCAGGGAGAUUACCAAAGAAUCCAAUACAUCCCAGUUUCUCAGGCCGGGGCCAAUUUAGCCCAACCGCAGCACAUUCAACUGCAGGUUGUGCAGGUAGCCCCGGCAUCCUCCCCACAUUCUCAGCACCAGGCUGUAGAUGUGAGCCAACUGCAUGACCCUCACGGCUAUAGUCAGCAUUCAAUCCAAGUACAACACAUUCAGGUUACAGAGCCCACAGGCAAUGGGCAAAGUGCCACACAGGUUACUGGGCAGCCUCUAAGUCCCUCCUCCCAGCAGAACAAUCAGGAGUUAAGUCCCUCUCAGCUGACCCCAGUGACCUUAGCCCAGUCUCAAAAUCUCUCAACCAGCAAUGCACAACCUCCGCAGCAGGGGGCAGUGCAGCAUGCAUAUUUACCAGGAAACUGGAACUAUAGGGGAUACUCAUCUGAGAUCCAGAUGAUGGCGCUACCUCAUACUCAGUAUGUCAUUGCUGAGGCCACCACCCCUGUAUCAGGUGUGAACAGUAACCAGGUCAAAACGACACACUACGUUAUCUCAGAGGGUCAAGCCGAGCAGGACACCAAACAGGCCGUACCCCAAAGCGCAGCCCAAGGCCACACAGAACAUCUGGAACAGCAGCAGAUCAAUCAGCAGCCUACGACGCAGUACAUCAUCACCACCACUACGAAUGGCAGCGGUGCCAGUGAAGUGCACAUCACAAAACCAUAACACAAAUACAAUGCCUACAACGCAGCGCACAUAAACUGGAUAUGAAUGAAUUGUGACAGAACCACAUAGGAUUAUUUUGUAGUUUAAGCCCAAAAUGAUAACAAGUGCAUUUAUAUAUCAUAUUAAGAUAAUUUAUAUUUAAAGGUGUAUCAUGUACCUUUUCUGGUAGAUAUAAUUCCUUUGCCAGAAAUGUUUCGCAAUAUGGUAUUAAACUGAUAUACCAUUAUGGAAGAAGUGGAAAAACUUAAAUUCUUAUUAUGAGCACAUUUGCCAUGGAUCUGAUCUGUAAUUUUGUGGGACCUGCUUGUCUCCAUGGAAAUAGACAUGCUUAAUGCAAUACUGUGAAAAAUUCCAGGCAAAGCAAUAACAUCUAUGGAGAUGAGCAGGUGAUGUACCCUCCACCAGAAAUGUUACAUUGCGCACCUUUAAUUUAGACAUUAGCCAUUUAGCAUUCAUUCGAGUUUGUUUUAUUUGGGUAAACAAUUUUUAAAAGUGAAGGAUGUUGGACCACACUGAAGCAUUCUCAGUAUUAUUUUAUUAUUUAUGUUUUUUUAAUUUAACUAAUCCAACAUUGCACAAUUUUCUUUCAAAUUACAGCAAUUAUAUAUGUUAUAUAUGUUAUGGUGUUUAUUUACAUUGUUUCUGCUGUACUGUACCUCACUAGAUAAAUAUAGCACAGUUUGCUCUGCUAUGUAAAAAAAAACAAAAAACUGACAGAUCAUUUGAUAAGAAAGAUAUAAAACUAUAUUUCUGCACCUUACCUCCAAAGCUAACCUACACAUGAAUAUUACAUUCUAUAUUUGCAGUAACUACAUUUGGGACUUUUGUUGUACUUCAAUGUAUUUGUAUAUGUGUGUUUUACAAUAAUGAAAGUAGAAAUACAAUGAACUGCUAUCCUGUUCAUAAGAAGAAAUUAUUUUGGCUCUCUGUGGCUCCUAUUUUAAAUUAAGCUCUGACAUCUUUUCUGGUUUAGGCCAGGUUUUAAAUCGCUCUGCAAACGUACAAUGUAUAAAGUAAAUUGUAUGAAAAUAUGUACAGAGACUGAGUUUUGCAUUUAUUUAGUCUUUUUAUGUUCAUGUCCUGGCUAAAAUAAAAUGUCCAUGCAUUUCACUUUAAA